GAUUAUCCAAACACCUUGAGAAAGUUCAAUAAGCACAAAAAUGAAAAGCUUUGUUUUAUUCUCGGCUUUUCUCUUUAUUCAAUCUGUUGAUUUGUACGACCUGAAGGCAUGUGAAACGAAAUAUCUUGGUGAAUGCAGCAAUGUUUUUAUCAAUGCUUGGAGAAGUGCAAGUAAAGGAGAGAACCCAAGAGAAGUGUAUUGCAGGGUUUAUGAGAGUUUGGGCAAUUGUCUGGGUCGUGAUUCCCAAUCCUGCAAAGGAAUUGUCAUUGACGUCCAGCGAGUGGGAAUUGGUGAGCAACUGAUUCUUCAUGAGAAAACUGGAGUCUGUCCUAGCCAUGAGUCCCUUGGUGAGCUAAAGAAGCUAACAAAAGCUAAUGUUCCUGAAUGGGCCAGGAAAAAAGCAGACCUUGCAGGUUUGGUUGCAGCCAAACCUAAAGCAUGUGACGUCAAGAUUGCCAAUGAAUGCGCCAAUUACAUCGCAAGUAACAUGAUUCGUGAUUUCAAGAGUAAACCGUGCUUGGGUGAGGAAGUCACAAAGAAAGUUUUUGAGUGCUUUGAAUCAAAAGUGAAAGAGUGCGAUAGUAAGCUAUUCCGAGAUUUCCUGAAAUUCUUGGUAAAAUAUGGGAAACGAUUGACAGAAGUAGAGGCAAAAAAGCAUGUGCUACCAAAUUGUGACACCUCCAAUUGGGAAUAGCUAGAACACCAUUAAUAUGAAGUACAAGUUGCAGCAUUAUAACCUUUGUAAGCUAAUAUAUAACCAUAACCGCAAUGRGCGAUGUCAUUUUAAUUUAAAUUUGUAAUUUGCUUCAUGCACAAAAUAAACGAGCUCUGGAAAGCGUACAUUGAUUAGU